AUGACUGCUUUGCGGAGGGCCAUUGCUCUCGAUGAUGCUGUCACCGUCGUCGCGCGGCACCAGAUUCGGACCGUCGUUGCCCGCCUUCGACCGCUUCCUCUCGCCGUCGUGUCCCGUUCCCAGUCUCGCCGCUGCGCGACAACUUCCCCGCGACGACAGCAGGCCUUCCACUCGCAGCUCGAUAGCAGUACCGGUGCCGAGCGUUUCCAAACCUCCCCUAAGCCCGCCACUCCGCCGGCGGUUCCCCAAACCCUCACCGAAAAGCUUGUCCAGCGUCACUCUGUCGGCCUUGCUGCCGGGAAGAUAGUCAAGAGCGGCGACUAUGUCACUCUACAACCAGCCAAAUGCAUGAGCCAUGAUAAUUCUUGGCCUGUGGCCCUGAAGUUCAUGAACAUCGGCGCCACCAAGAUCCGCGAUCCCAGCCAGAUCGUUAUGACGUUGGACCAUGACGUGCAGAACAAAUCAGAAUCGAACUUGACGAAGUAUAGACAGAUUGAAGAGUUCGCCGGCAAGCAAGGCGUUGACUUCUACCCUGCGGGCCACGGGAUUGGACACCAAAUUAUGGUUGAAGAGGGAUACGCCUGGCCGUCAACAGUCGCGGUUGCGAGUGACAGCCAUUCAAACAUGUACGGAGCGAUUUCGAGUCUUGGAACCCCGAUUGUCAGAACGGAUGCGGCCAGUGUCUGGAGUACUGGAUGUACCUGGUGGCAGAUUCCCCCUGUGGCCAAGAUAACUUUUACUGGUGUGCUUCCCCCAGGUGUCACUGGCAAGGAUGUAAUUGUCGCUUUAUGCGGCCUCAUUAAUCAGGAUGAGGUUCUCAAUCACGCGAUUGAAUUCACCGGUUCCGAACUGACAAUGGCAAGCAUCCCCAUCGACGAUCGCUUGACCAUUGCCAACAUGACAACUGAGUGGGGUGCAUUGAGUGGACUGUUCCCUGUUGAUGAGGUGCUCAUCUCCUGGUAUCGUGCCAAAGCCACCACUGCCGCCUUGUUGGACAGUCCCACUAAGGCCCGUAUCAACCACGAGCGGAUUGAUCAGAUGGUGGGGGACCGAGAGGUUGCUGAUCCCGGUGCCACAUACGCCAAGGAGUUCUAUUUGAACUUAUCCACCCUGUCUCCUUUUGUGGCUGGCCCAAACUCUGUGAAGAUUGCCGCCCCCCUGAGGAAUCUCGAGGCUCAAGAUAUUGCCAUAGACAAGGCAUUUCUCGUUUCCUGCACCAACUCACGAGCCUCUGAUCUCGCUGCCGCCGCUCGCGUCUUCCGCGAGGCUGCCAAGGAUGGCAAGCCCGCUAAAGUGGACCCUCGCGUCAAGUUCUAUAUCGCGGCGGCCUCUAUUGCGGAGCAGCGUGUUGCCGAGGAGGCGGGUGACUGGCAGGUCCUGCUUGAUGCCAAUGCUCUCGCGCUGCCAAGUGGCUGCGGGCCAUGCAUCGGUCUCGGCACUGGUCUCCUCGAGAGUGGUGAAGUUGGCGUUAGUGCAAGCAAUAGGAACUUCAAGGGACGACUCGGUCACGUAGCCAGCCAGGCGUACCUCGCCAGUCCCGAAGUCGUGGCCGCCAGUGCCCUUCAUGGCAAGAUUGCUGGUCCUGGCUGGUAUCAGAAGCCUGACGGCGUCGAGAAGGUUAUCAUUGGUGAGGGAAGCGGCGACUUCCAAGCCGACAAGGCCCGGUCUACUGUGAAUGCCUUUGAUAAACUCAUUGGUGAAAUGGAUCACCUGAUUGCCACCGCCGAGGUUGCUGGUGAGGAGGCGUCCCUCCCCACCGCCACAGCCAAGGAUGAGGCCUUGACCGACAUCCUCCCUGGCUUCCCCGAGAAGAUUGAAGGCGAGAUCGUCUUCUGUGAUGGUGACAAUAUCAAUACGGAUGGAAUUUAUCCCGGCAAGUACACCUACCAGGACAAUGUUCCCAAGGAGACCAUGGCCGAGGUGUGCAUGGAGAACUACGACAAGGAGUUCCGCACGAUCGCCAAGGCCGGCGAUAUUCUCGUGGCUGGGUUCAACUUCGGCUGCGGCUCGUCACGCGAACAAGCAGCAACGGCCAUCCUGGCCAAGCAGAUCCCGCUGGUGGUGGCGGGCAGCUUUGGUAACAUCUUCAGCCGCAACAGCAUCAACAAUGCUCUGCUCGGCAUCGAGAUGAGCCGCCUCGUGCAGCGGCUGCGCGAGGCGUACAAGGACGACCCGGAGAAGCCGCUGACCCGCCGCACAGGGUGGCGGCUGCUGUGGGACGUGCGUCGGUCCAAGGUCGUGGUGACCGAGAAGGACGGAGCUGUCUGGGAGCAGAAGGUUGGUGAGCUGCCGCCGAAUGUGCAGGAGAUCAUUGCGUGCGGUGGUCUCGAGAACUGGAUCAGGGCUAAGAUCGCGGCGUAA